GAAGCGUCUCCGUCCGUCUGUCUGUAAGUCCGUGCGCCCGUCCGAGCCCCCACCAGCCAGCACCAUGAACCAGAUCGAGCCCGGCGUGCAGUACAACUAUGUCUACGAAGACGACGAGUACAUGAUCCAGGAGGAGGAGUGGGACCGUGACCUGCUCCUGGACCCGGCCUGGGAGAAGCAGCAGAGGAAGACCUUCACUGCCUGGUGUAACUCCCACCUGCGAAAGGCUGGCACCCAGAUCGAGAACAUUGAGGAAGACUUCAGGAAUGGCCUUAAGCUCAUGCUGCUUUUGGAGGUCAUCUCAGGGGAAAGGCUGCCCAAACCUGACCGAGGAAAAAUGCGAUUCCACAAAAUUGCUAAUGUCAACAAGGCCUUGGAUUACAUAGCCAGCAAAGGCGUGAAGCUGGUGUCCAUUGGGGCGGAAGAAAUUGUUGAUGGCAAUGUGAAAAUGACGCUGGGUAUGAUCUGGACCAUCAUCCUUCGCUUUGCUAUUCAGGAUAUUUCAGUUGAAGAAACCUCUGCCAAAGAAGGUCUGCUGCUUUGGUGUCAAAGGAAAACGGCUCCUUACAGAAAUGUGAAUAUACAGAACUUCCAUACUAGCUGGAAAGACGGCCUUGGACUCUGUGCACUUAUCCACAGACACCGACCUGACCUCAUUGACUACUCAAAGCUUAAUAAGGAUGACCCAAUAGGAAACAUUAACCUGGCCAUGGAAAUUGCAGAGAAGCACCUGGAUAUUCCUAAAAUGUUGGAUGCUGAAGAUUUAGUAUACACUGCCAGACCUGAUGAAAGAGCCAUAAUGACUUAUGUUUCCUGUUACUAUCAUGCUUUUGCUGGGGCACAGAAGGCCGAGACAGCAGCUAACAGGAUAUGUAAGGUUCUUGCUGUGAAUCAAGAGAAUGAGAGGCUGAUGGAAGAAUAUGAGAGGCUAGCAAGUGAGCUUUUGGAAUGGAUUCGUCGCACCAUCCCCUGGCUAGAGAAUCGGACCCCUGAGAAGACCAUGCAAGCCAUGCAGAAGAAGCUGGAGGACUUCCGGGACUACCGUCGAAAGCACAAGCCACCCAAGGUGCAGGAGAAGUGCCAGCUGGAGAUCAACUUCAACACCCUGCAGACCAAGCUGAGGAUCAGCAACCGGCCUGCCUUCAUGCCGUCCGAGGGCAAGAUGGUGUCGGACAUCGCUGGGGCUUGGCAGAGGCUGGAGCAGGCCGAGAAGGGCUACGAGGAAUGGCUGCUCAAUGAGAUACGGAGGCUGGAACGCGUGGAGCAUCUGGCUGAGAAGUUUAGGCAGAAGGCUUCAACACAUGAGACUUGGGCAUAUGGCAAAGAGCAGAUCUUGCUGCAGAAGGAUUAUGAGUCGGCGUCCCUAACUGAGGUCCGGGCUUUGUUGCGGAAACACGAGGCCUUCGAGAGUGACCUGGCAGCCCACCAGGACCGGGUGGAACAGAUUGCUGCUAUCGCCCAGGAGCUGAAUGAACUGGACUAUCACGAUGCCGUGAAUAUCAAUGAUCGGUGCCAGAAGAUUUGUGACCAGUGGGACAGACUGGGGACGCUUACUCAGAAGAGGAGAGAGGCCCUGGAGAGAACUGAGAAAUUGCUAGAAACCAUUGAUCAGCUGCAUCUGGAGUUUGCCAAGAGGGCUGCUCCCUUCAACAACUGGAUGGAGGGCGCCAUGGAGGAUCUGCAAGACGUGUUUAUCGUCCACAGCAUUGAGGAAAUCCAGAGUCUGAUCACUGCCCACGAGCAGUUCAAGGCUACGUUGCCGGAGGCGGAUGGAGAGAGGCAGUCCAUCUCGGCUAUCCAGAAUGAGGUGGAGAAGGUGAUCCAGAGCUACAGCAUCCGAAUCAGCUCGAGCAACCCGUACAGCACUGUCACCAUGGAUGAACUCCGGGCCAAGUGGGACAAGGUGAAGCAGCUCGUGCCAAUCCGGGACCAGUCCCUGCAGGAGGAGCUGGCUCGCCAGCAUGCUAACGAGCGCCUGCGGCGCCAGUUUGCCGCACAGGCCAAUGCCAUCGGGCCCUGGAUCCAGAACAAGAUGGAGGAGAUUGCCCGGAGCUCCAUCCAGAUCACAGGAGCCCUGGAAGACCAGAUGAACCAGCUGAAGCAGUACGAGCACAACAUCAUUAACUACAAGAACAACAUUGACAAGCUGGAAGGCGACCAUCAGCUCAUCCAGGAGGCUCUGGUCUUUGACAACAAGCACACUAACUACACCAUGGAGCACAUUCGUGUUGGAUGGGAGUUACUGCUGACAACCAUUGCCAGGACCAUCAAUGAGGUCGAGACUCAGAUCCUCACGAGAGACGCUAAGGGCAUCACCCAGGAGCAGAUGAAUGAGUUCAGAGCUUCUUUCAACCACUUUGACAGGAGGAAGAAUGGCCUGAUGGAUCACGAAGAUUUCAGAGCCUGCCUAAUUUCCAUGGGUUAUGAUCUGGGUGAAGCUGAAUUUGCCCGUAUCAUGACCCUGGUUGACCCCAACGCACAGGGCACUGUCACCUUCCAGUCCUUCAUUGACUUCAUGACGAGAGAGACGGCGGAUACCGACACUGCUGAGCAGGUCAUCGCCUCCUUCCGAAUCCUGGCUUCUGACAAGCCAUAUAUCCUGGCGGAAGAGCUGCGUCGUGAGCUGCCCCCAGACCAGGCCCAGUACUGUAUCAAGAGGAUGCCUGCCUACUCGGGCCCAGGCAGCGUGCCUGGCGCCCUGGAUUACACCGCCUUCUCGUCCGCGCUCUAUGGGGAGAGCGACCUGUGAUUCUGAGGUUCUGUAAUUGUUGAUUGCAGCAGAAUGCAAUAAAAGCUGAAGUCACAGUUUGUUUUCUGGAAAUGUUGACAAGCUUUAUUAAGCCAAAAGGGGAAAAAAAUGAAAUUUUGAAGCUCAGCAAUUGUCAACAAUAUAACACGGUUGAAGUGGAGUUUCUAUAGUAUAUGAUAUAGAAUGCUUCCUAAAUAGGUGUCUUUAUUUCUUAAUUUUUAGCCAAAUGCAAUGAAAAUAUCAGGUGUGUUUGUUUCUUUGAUUACACAAAGUGAAUUAACUCAAGCAGGGUGAGGAGGAUCUGGGGACAGAAGGAAAGUGAAAAAUGUGAAAAUCGAAACUAUCCAAGAGUCAAGAUCAGGAAAAAAAAUCACAAAUUGGUAAAUGUUCGCUAUUUUUUAAAAAUCUGCUUCUGUGAUGAUGAACCCUAGGGGGAUAUAUUUGGGAUAUCAGUGUUUGAUCUUCUUGCUUAUCCAAAGAUUAGUUAUAUUUAAGCAUAAAUGGUACUGUAGUUCCAACACUUGAAUUUAAUAUUGUGAGAUGGAACUUCCAGGGAAUAGCAACAGAUUACCCAAAAGAUCUUUUAAAACUUAAAUUUUUAAAAAUAGAAAUUAUAGUCAACUCUUCAUUAUUUAGGACUAGAGAGUCCAGCUAGUGGAUUUUGCUGCCUUACUUAGUCUCCAAAAUAGGGAAACCAGGAAACACUGAGGUCAGCUUAAUCUGCCAGAGAGGAAGAUGAAGUUACUAAGUAAAAUGAGUUUUUUAGGAAUAUUUAUUGAUUUCAGGCUUUUUCUAGAGCUUGUUAGUACAGGUUCUCGAGAGAUGACCAUGUAUAAGUGCUCUGUUUUUUAAAUAAACAGGUUUCUAUAGUAAUGAUUCAUAACAAGAGACAAGUCAGAAACCAGUAUAUUUAUAGCUCUUCAGGCAGAACUUCUCCUUUUUGCCUUUAGUUUUAUGACCUAUGAGGGAGAAGGCAGAAGAGAACAUAAAUGAAUGAGGGUUAGUAGGAAAGGACUAAUUGUCAACAACAUAGAGGUAAGUUCUUUCAUUGUAGAACCUUUAUAUAGCUUUUGGGUGAAUUCAUUUUGAGUAGGAUGAAUUAUUAGAUGUUUUUACUAGCAUUCAGUUUGUGGUCACCACUGCGAUUUGACAGUGCGUCCUAACAAGUUCCGGAUCUGGUCCUACCACCGUCUAAAACCAUGCUGUGCUCCAUUGUAGAGGACUAUACGUGCACACCCCACCGUUGUCUCCAUCUGUUGAAUGUUCAUUAGCCUUUCUGCUUAUGCUACUGUAUGCUGUAACUGCCCCCUGUUUUUCCAUCUUGCUGACAGCUUAUAGGGAAUAAAGCAGGAACUGUUUUUAUAUCUGAGUCCUUAAUGAUCAGCGGAUGAAUUAUAAACAAACACAGUUGCAAACAGCAAUUAAAGUGUUACUAGACAAGCAGCCUGUUGCCUCGGAUUUUUAUAGAGUUCCACCAACAGCUGGAAACGUGAUGCUUUCCAUUCGUAACUGUCUGGUAAUGUAAUACUUUUACUACGUUGGCCCAUUUAGACCCUUCGACCUUUAUACAUUUCAUUUAAUCUUUGCUUCAUUAUUAAGAAGCUGAAUAGCUUCCAAAUUCCUGAAAUAUUUGAGUCCUUGAGUUUAAAGCCAAACACUUUUGAGGUGGUGGCUAGAUGAACUCUGACUCCUUAUUUUGUUUCAAGCAGGUGCUAUAUUCCAGCCAUAAACAUGAAGACAAAACCUGGACGUUGUUCUUCUUUUGAGGCUACUAGGAGGAUCUGUGGUGUUUUUAGGAGGGGUAUAGGUAGCUCACCUACCAAAAUUUUUCAUUUCUAUACAACAUUCAGGCAAGAGAAUGGAUCAAUAUUAUCUGCUAAUAAACAAAGAAAGGAAAUAAACUCUGAAAAACAUUUAACAUGUUUAUACACUUCUUUUAGAAGUUAUUUUUAUUUCUGAACCGGAAUUAUCAAUUAAACUUAAUUUGUAAAAGAAAAAGAAUCCCUGUUUUUAUUAUUUCAAAGAAUAACCAGUUUCUUUGGUUAACCACAAACUUCCUCACUUAACAUUUCCAUCAUAUUUAAAAACUCAUCUCUGAGUUAGUAUUUGCUUUUCUUAAAGAAUUAGAGACUAGGUUGUUGGCCCACCACCCAUCUGUCAGUUUGUCAUACUGUGGUGACUGCGCGUUGCUAUUAUACGGGAAGCUAUACCACCAGUAUAUCAAAUACUAGCAGGGUCACCCACGGCGGACAGGUUUCAGGGGAGCUUCUAGACUAAGACAUACUAGGAAGAAAAGCCUGGUGAUCUACUUCUGGAAAUUAGGCAGUGAAAGCUCUUGGGAUCUCAACAGAACACUGCCCGACUCACUUGCUUUGGACACGUCAUCAGGAGGGAUCAGUCACUAGAAGACAUCAUGUUUGGUGAAGUAGAGGGUCAACAAGGGUAAGAGAGACUGACACAGCAUCCGCAAGGGUGGACUCUUAACAUGCUGGCAAUUUUGAGGAUGGAGCAGGGCUGGGCAACCUACCA